AUGGACACAUCGGGUGAAAGGGAUUACGUCCUAGAAAGGAGUAACAAAAUAGAAAGUAUUGAAAUAAAUAAGAAAAAAAAAUACAGCAAUUUAGUAUCGCUACUAAAGAAAGAUAAAGAUCAUUUUAGUGAUAAUAUGUUAAUAGAACAAAAAGGACAGGACAUUUUUAAAGAAUUACCAACUAUUAUUGGGGAAGAAUCUUUUUGUGAAUUAAGAAAACGUACAAAUUGUAGCAGCAAUAUGAAGGAAAUACCGGAUGAUAUGAUGAGGAUGACAAUGAUGUUGCACAAUAUGUACAACAAGACAUCAAGUGAAGCAACAGAAGAUUUAACCGAAAGUUCCAAAUAUUUAAAAACGUAUAGUAGCAAGAAGAGAGUAUACACACCUAGUAAAUUUGAAAACCACAGCAUUUUUAAUGUGGAAAAUUAUCAAAAUGACGAAAAUGAUGGAAGCAUUAACAAAGCGUCAAUGUACAGCACUCCAAAAAAGAGAUAUUAUUCAAAUAAAAGAAAAAUGAAUAAUAAGGAUGAUGUUGAUGUUGAUGUUGAUGUUGAUGAUGAUGAUGAUAAUACUAUAAAUACAAGUGCAAAUAAAAUAAAACGGAGAAAAAGAAAAAAAAAAAAAAAAAAAAAUAUAUAUGAUGAAUUGUUAAUACAUUCACAUACACCUUUAAGAGAAGAAAGGAAAUAUAAUUUAGAGGAACUAUCUGAUUAUGAAAAAAUAGAAACAGCAGAUAAAUGGGUAAUGAAUAAAUCUCAUGUGAAUGAAUUACCUGAACAUAUUAAAAGUGAAUAUGUGUCUUACUUAUGUAGCCCCUUGAAAAGAAGCGAAAGAUUAAUAAAAUCCAAAAUAAACAAAAUGCUGAACGCGAAUGUGGAAAGUUUGAAGAAGGAAACGUUAGGUGAGAUGAAAGAGGUGAGAAGUAACAGCGGUGGUAAUGGUAAUGGUAGUGGCAACAACAAUAUCGUUGGGAAUAGUAAUAGUGGCAUUAGUGAAAGCAAUAAUGACAGGAAGAACAGUGGAAGUAGUGGUACUGAAGGUGGUGGCGAGGGGUACCAAAUUAUGGAGUGCGAUUUCAAACCGGAAGAGGAAGAAAAAUGCUGGGAUGAUUACUACACCCAAAGUAAUGACAAGGUAAGACCAUUCACUGGUAUAUCGACAGAAUUAGCUGUCAAUAUAAUUAGCGAAUUGUUGAAGUCAAAAGUAAAAAAAAUAAAAAUUGAAAAUAAAGAAUUGUUUUCACCUAUAACGGAAAAUGAUACAAUAAUGGAGAUAGGACAUGGUAAUCAUCCCUUAGCUGUUCAGAUGUUUGAGAAAUGGGGAACAGUUGGAAGAUAUGUAGGUGUAGAAUUCAGUGGGUUAGCUAGUAAAGAAGCUUUAAAAUGUGAAAAGUUAAAAAAUUUAUUUUUAAAAAGGAAAGUGGAAUUUAUAAAAGUAUUAAGUAUGAAAUAUUAUAAAGAGGAUAAUACCUUAGAUGGUAUAGUAACACAGUCGAAUAUAUCACCUCCAAAUACGAAAACUGAUUUUAUCAAAUCAUAUAGUUUUAAAUAUAUAUUUGCAAAGAGUACUUUAGAUUAUAUUACGUGCCGAAUGGAUAAUAUUGGCAAUAGUUGUGACUGGGAAGAAGAUUUGCAAAUUUCUCCAUCAGUUGUUGAAAUGUUUAACAGUUUAUCCGAUUCUUUGCAAAGCAGUGGAUGUAAAAGUAGUAACAGUAAUGGUAAUAAUAGUAAUAGUAGUAAUGGUAAUAAUUUUAAUAGUUGUGGUAAUAAUAGUAAUAGUAACAGUAAUAGUAAUAGCAGUAAUAGCAAUGGUAAAAAUAAUUCUUGUAUAAUAUUUGUCGAACCAAGUAACUCGUCCAAAUUUCGGGAUCAUGUACUAACAAUUUUUAAAGUUAUCUAUACAGCCACUUUUAAAUAUAACAGCUCAUCGAAAUUCUUGAGAUUAUGUAAAAUAACGAAUAAUAUUAAAGCAUGUGGUUAUAUGAUAGAGAAAAGAAAUGAAGUAUAUCAAAGUUUUGAACAAAUCAGACAUGAAUUUUUAAAAUUAAUUUUAAAGUCAUCCGCUACCAAAAAUCUUGAUGAGGUCGACUGGUAUUUACCUACUACUGCUCCAAAAAAAUGGCUAAGUAAUUCACCGAACGAUAUUGAGUAUUUGGUUAAGCUCGACAGGAGCAGGUUAUGA